CUAUAUAAUCACGCUUCACUCUUCCACUCUCGCAUUACUUAACCAAGAAGCAUAGCUAGUGAUCGAUCGAUCGAUGUGCAUGCCUGUAUAAAGGGAUAGGUGUAGUGAGCACUAAGCAGCAGCUAGUGCCAUAUAUAAAGAGACCAGUUAGUACUAAAGUGAGUGUACUGAGCUUAGUGAUGAGGAGAGGCACCAGGACGACGACGACGACGAUGGUGAUGUCGUCGUGCUUGCAGGUGGCGGCGGUGAGCGUGCUGCUGAUGGCGACGGGGCUGCAGGCGCAGCUGAGGGUUGGGUUCUACGACAACUCCUGCCCGGCGGCGGAGAUCAUCGUGCAGCAGGAGGUGAGCAAGGCGGUGUCGGCCAACCCGGGCCUCGCCGCCGGCCUCGUCCGCCUCCACUUCCACGACUGCUUCGUCAGGGGGUGCGAUGCGUCGGUGCUGAUCGACUCGACGAAGGGCAACCAGGCGGAGAAGGACGCCGGGCCGAACACCAGCCUGAGAGGGUUCGAGGUGGUCGACCGCAUCAAGGCGCGCGUCGAGCAGGCCUGCUUCGGCGUCGUCUCCUGCGCCGACAUCCUCGCCUUCGCCGCCAGGGACAGCGUCGCACUGACCGGCGGGAACGCGUACCAGGUGCCGGCGGGGAGGAGGGACGGGAGCGUGUCGCGGGCGUCGGACACCGGCGGCAACCUGCCGCCGCCGACGGCGGGCGUGAGCCAGCUGACGCAGAUGUUCGCGGCGAAGGGGCUGAGCCAGAGGGAGAUGGUGGCGCUGUCGGGGGCGCACACCAUCGGCGCCUCGCACUGCAGCUCGUUCAGCAGCCGGCUCUACAGGUCGGGGACGACGGCCGGGCAGGACCCGACCAUGGACCCGGCGUACGUGGCGCAGCUGGCGCAGCAGUGCCCGCAGAGCGGCGGCGGCGGCGGCCCGCUCGUGCCCAUGGACGCCGUCACCCCCAACACCUUCGACGAGGGCUUCUUCAAGGGCGUCAUGGCCAACCGCGGCCUGCUCUCCUCCGACCAGGUGCUGCUCAGCGACAAGAACACCGCCGUGCAGGUGGUCGCCUACGCCAACGACGCCUCCACCUUCCAGAGCGACUUCGCCGCCGCCAUGGUCAAGAUGGGCGCCGUCGGCGUGCUCACCGGCAGCAGCGGCAAGGUCAGGUCCAACUGCAGGGUCGCCUGAUGAUGCGAUCGAUCGAACGUGACAGCGUGACAUGUGUAUGGAACGUGCAUUUUUGUGUGUGCGUGUAUGGUUGGUUGGUUGCUCUCAAUUCUUUGGCUGAUCUGUAUUAAUUCUUUGAUUUUGUGACUGUGUGCGUGUGUAUCUUUUGAGAGAACUGUAACUAGCUAUGUGUGUGCGCCAAAUGGUGCUUAAUAAUGAAGAUAAGCUAAUUAAUUGUUGUUGAU